GAGGCUGUGUGAAAGGGGAAUCCCCGAGUGCGUCACUGGCUGGAAGGAGGGCCGGGACUCUGUACCCCGCGCCGAGGCCCCUGUUCCGCGCGGCCUGGACACACCCGGGCGCAGUUUUCGCUCCCCCUCCCCCUGUGUUUUCGCGGGACCUGCGUAGGCCCCGCGCGUGUCCAUGGAAGGCGGAAACGGCUGGGGGGACCCUCUCCUUGCAAAGGGGUCUAAUCCUCGCCGCCAUGUCCGGAGGCUUCGAGCUGCAGCCGCAGGACGGCGGCCCCCGUGUGGCCCUGGCGCCCGGGGAGACGGUGAUAGGCCGCGGGCCGCUGUUGGGAAUAACAGACAAGAGAGUGUCCAGAAGACAUGCCAUUCUUGAGGUAGUGGAUGGUCAGCUUCGAAUCAAACCGAUACACACAAAUCCAUGUUUUUAUCAGUCUUCUGAGAAGAGCCAGUUCUUACCAUUGAAGACAAAUCUAUGGUGCUGGUUGAAUCCUGGAGAUAGCUUUUCUUUAUUGGUUGACAAAUACAUUUUCCGUGUUUUCUCUACACAUUCUGAAAUGGAAAUGGAAUGUACUUUAAGGAACAGUCAGAUGCUUGAUGAAGAUGAAUUGAAUGAAACACCAAAAUCUUCCUCAGUUGAUUUGCCUGAUGAGAUACUGCAGCCAGCCCCACAGCUGGAAAGAGGCAUAGAAAUAGUAAAGACCCAAACCACUAUGAAUAGUGUGUCUUUCCUAGGUGAAAGUAGAGACUUCAGUAAGCAACAGCCAAACCCUGCCCAGAGGAAAAGAAUCCUUCCGGCAUGGAUGUUAACAGAAAAUCUAAGUGAUCAAAACCUUUCAGUAGCAGUUAUCAGUGGAGAUAAUAAUUUAAUCUGGGAAAGUGGAAAAGAAGAAAUCUGCAAAGAUAAGACCCAAGUAAACGUAAAACAGCAAGGAAGAAAACGAUUAAUUUCAUCAGGAAGUUCAGAAAGUAUAUCAGCAGAGCAAGACACAGGAAAAAAAUGUAAAGAUGCUGAUCGGGAAGAGUCUGUCAUUUCCUCCAAGGAAAUGCCACAAUCACGUUUUACAAACACAUUACACAAUACAGAGGUGAAUAAAGUGAAAACUAAUACACAGAGAAGUGAAACCCCAAUAGAGGAACUUGGUGAGGUUUCUGAACAAAAAAUCACUGCUAAGGGAACACCAAAUAAAGUCGACAAGGUGAGGAGCUGUGCUGAGAGCUGUUCAAGUGCCCAAGGCACAUCCUCCCUGGAUGAAUCUCAAAGGUCUCAUCCUGAGUCCAGCUCUCAUCCUUCCAAUCCUGAAACUUUGCAUGCAGAGGCAACCAGGUCAAUUCCACAGGGUUCUGAAGAAAACAAGCUCAAGAGGACAUCUUGCAUGUAUGGGGCAAACUGCUACAGGAAGAAUCCUGUCCAUUUUCAACACUUCAGUCACCCUGGUGAUAGUGAUUAUGGAGAUGUACAUGUCACGUGUCAAGAUGAGGCUGAUGACCGGCCUGAAUGUCCUUAUGGACCAUCUUGUUAUCGGAAGAAUCCCCAGCACAAGAUCGAAUAUAGACAUAGUACAUUUCCAGUGAGAAGCAUUUCAGACGAAGAUGACAGUGUUGGGCAACCCAAUGAGUAUGACCUGAAUGACAGCUUUAUAGAUGAUGAGGAAGAGGAAUACGAGCCAACAGAUGAAGAUUCCGACUGGGAACCGGGAAAGGAAGACCUAGAGAAGGAAGAUACGGAAGAGCUUUUAAAAGAAGCAAAAAAGUUUAUAAAAAGAAAAAAGUAACGCUUCUCUGCAUAGUAUAUGGCUCAUAUAUAAUCUUUUCUUAGUGGAAAAAUAAUUCAGGAACUAAGGAAGCACUUAAAUGAUCACUGUUUUCCUUCUUCUUAUAACUUUACUGUUGACCCUUUGCAAAUGAAACACUGAAAACAGUCAGCCAUCAGUGUAGUAAAUGGAAUUUGUUUCAUUGCUUUCCUUUUCCAUCCUAUUUAAAACAUCUGGAAAUGGUAAGAGAGUUAAAGAAAAAUAAUUGAUAUUUUUCAUAUAGUUUGUGUGUUAGUAAUAAAAAGUAAAAGCAAUAGGUUGUACAAAACUUUGGUCUUUUUUUUCCCCCAAGAUUUUGUCUUUACAUAGAAUACUAUGCAAGUGUAACCAGGCAAAUUACAUAAUUGAUGGGAAAGCAUGCUUCUUUCGAAUUCCUAUUAAAGUAAUUCUUCAAACAGAAUUAGACUUAAAAAAAAUAACAGCCAUCAUAUGUAAUGGCUAUGAUUUUCUUCUAGUACUUUAUUUUGCAGUUUUAUCUGCAACUUUUAUUCUUUGAAACUUGGGGGAUUUAGUAGUAAAUGGAUACUUAAAAAUAGAUUCAACUAGACUAUAGAAGAGAAACGUCCACCAUGCAGGGAAUGUUAUUUUGUGUCCACAGUCUGUAAUUUACUGAGUUUAAAAGCAGAAAAACUCAAAAUAAUUUGACCAUUUCUUUCUCAGACUAAAGUUCCGCCUGAUUAUUUUAACUCUCAAUGUGCUCUCUUUAUAUUAAGAAUAUAGAAAUUAUUUUUAGCCAUAAUUUUCUCAAAGGAUAUUUCUUUUUUAUCCUCAGUUGAAAAUAGCAAGUUGUCUGCCAGCAUUCAAGAUUUUGGCCUUUUAUAUUAAGAAGAAACCCCUUCUUCUUCCAUUUAAGUAGUAUAUCUCUGAAUCUCUAUUCUUAAACUACUUUAGGCCUUGUAAUACUCUUCAUUUUAGGUGACUUAGAAUCUUUGAAAUAUAGUUUAGAAUCUUUAAUAACAGGGUAUGUGUGCACAGAGCAGUAGAUAGAGUAUUGAAAUCAUAAAUCACUAAACCAAAAGUUUCCUUGGUAAACACUAAUAUUUUCCAUUCUAAGAGAACCUAAAAAUUCAUAUCUUAAAAGAGCCAGACAGAUUUAUAAUUGUUUUCCUAGUGUUUUUAAAUAUGUUUCAAGUAAUUUCAGAAUAUUAAAAUUUACUUAAACUACAGCUAGGAAAAUAUAAAUACUUCUCUAGGCUAUUAUUAUCUAUUAUUCUGACUUUGUCUCUUUUGUUAUUUAGGAACUAGUUUUCUUAUGUUCCUUUAGUCUUGGGAGCUUUAUAAACCUGUGAAAACAAUUCUUUGAACUUAUUCUUAUUUUGCACCAACUUAAUCCUUAAAGUAUUUCUUGAUCUACUCGUAGAUAUAUCCCAAAGGAAUGAAAAACAUGUGUCCACAUAAAAACUUGUAUACAAUGUCCAUAGAAACAUUAUUCAUAAUAGUCAAAAAGUAGAAACACUUAAAUGGCCAUCAGCUAAUGAAUGGAUAAACAAAAUGUGGUCUCUUUCUACAACAGAAUACUUUUUGUCCAUAAAGAAAGAAGCGAAGGAUUGAAACAUGCUACAGUAUGGACAAACCUUGGAAACAUUAUGCUAAGUGAAAGAAGUCAGACACAAAAGACCACAAAUUGUGUGAACUCAUUUAUAUGAAAUGUCCAAUGUAGCAAAACCAGACGCAGAAAGUAUGUUGGUGGUUGCCAGGGUCUAGAGGAGGGAGAGGAUAGGGAGUGAUUCCUAGUGCAUAGAGAGUUUCUUUGUGACUUGAUAAAAAUAUUCUAAAAGUAGUGAUGGUGCAAAACUGUAAAUACAAUAAAACACUGAAUUUACUCUAAGGGGGAAUUUUAUGGUGUAUGAACUAUAUAUCUCAAUAAGGCUGUUAUAAAAAAACACAAAAGGUGAUGGAUGCUAGGCUUUUAGAAAGAAAAGAAGCGUUCAGUAGCAAUAUAUUCUUCUUGGAAGUAGAGAAGUGUAGCUGUUUUUUUAAGGAUAGUUUGAUGUGACUUUCAUAAUCAUCCUGAAGACACUUUCGAGUAUAACUAAUAUAUAAGUACACAGUUUGACUAAAGUGUAAUGAAAAUUUAUAACUUGUAAUUGGACUGUGUUUAAAUCUAUGAUUUUUCAAAAUGGAAAGCUGAUGACAUUUGUGAACUCAAAAGCAAUAUUAACAAAACUUGAUUCUUUAAGUAAUUGCUGUCCCUGACAGUAGAUAAGAGCCACCUCUCCCUAUCUUGGUUUGGUAUUCAUGGAAUUAAACUAUAGCCUAACCUUCUCCAUCAAGCUAAAAAUGAUCACAUAUGCAUUUGUCACCUAUGUAUUUCUCACCUAUGUGCUUAAUUCUAGAAGCCAGUAUUUUUGUUGACUAUCUUGAGGGGAGGUGGGUUUUCUGGGACCUUGGGAAGCUGUAGACAUGAAGACUUUUCGGUGAUGCUUGAGCACUGAUGCUGUGUUUCCCCCAGGUUGAGGAUGGUCUUGUUGAUACUGUUGGUUUCUAGAAUUAGAAGAUCCUAGUGGUUGCAAACAUUCAUUUCAAUGAAAGCAAAUAGAUUUCAGCAUAACUUCUCCAGAAUGGUGAUAUAAAGCUGAGAAUAAAUGGAGAGUGACUUUCUUCUGA